AUGGAUAAUAGAGUAAAUGUAAUACUUCCUGUGGUUUCCAAUUCCUUUAUACUCUACUAUCUAUGGUUUGGGUAGGGCUGAUAUUUGGCAAAGAAUGGCAUCUAAAAACUAUCAACCAGUGAAGAGGAAUAGACACUCCACAGUAAAGAUAGGAGACUAUCUAUAUAUGUGGGGUGGGCAUGGGUCUGGAGUAGACUAUGAUGUGAUGGAUGUGUACCACUUACCAACUGGUGCUUGGGACCAGAAACCUACUACUGGUACCCCACCAUCAGGUACCUAUGCCUAUUCAACCGUUGCAAUAGGAAAGGACAUAUAUUAUUUCGGUGGAUAUAGUGGUGGUUAUCAAAACAAUGUUCACAGUAUUAAUGUGGAUUCAUUCAAGUGGAGGGAACUCUCUCCUAGUUCUGAUCAUGGUCCAAUGAAGAAGGCCCGCUGUGGAAUGGUAUCAGCUCAUUUUGACAGUGAAGACUACCUUGUAGUAAUUGGAGGAAUUGGAUCCUCUUCUAUCAAUACAGCUGAUGGUAGAUAUAAUGAGAUACAUUAUUACAGGAUUUCAUCAGGUUAG